AUGUCUGCGAUCCAGAAGCCAAGCCGGCCAGCUCGCAGCUACCUCCCCAUGCGCUUGACCCGCGUGCGCGCAUAUCUCGCCGGCGCACCGUACCUCAUGUCUGGCCUCGACUCCCGCAGCCGGGCUACCGAGCGGUUGCCCCCGGAUCCCGCCCACCUCACCUUCUUCGACGUCUAUCAGCAGCUGGGGCCGGACUUCUUCGCUCAACGAGUCAGGCAGGCAUGGGAAAGCAGGUAUGAGUUUUACCCCGAUACGCCGGAAGCACGCGCGGAAAGGAGAGCGCGGAGUCACCCCCACGCGCCGCAAACGAACAACGCUGCUCCGAGAAUCCGCCAGCAGCCGAUCAGCGCCAAAGCCGGGAUUGAGCCAAGGGGCACCGCGCCCAACAGUAACGGCAAGGCGCCACGGCCAACGUCCAAGUCGCAGAACGGAGCCCGCCCCGCGCGUUCUCCGGAGCCCGACACGCCCCGCCCCGAGCCCAUCCGCGUUAACUUCCGGGCGGACAACAUGUUCGGCCCUGGGAGCAACACCAAGCAUUCCGAGGCCAUGGACAUCGAUGACAUGCCGAGCCCGAGGACCAUCCGGCCGCACGCCGGCUCUCGAGUGGUACCUAUCGCCAAGGGGGCAAAAUCAACACCAAUCGGCGGCGGAAAGGUACUGGUUGCUGGCACUGGAAAUGUUCGGCACGUCGCCAAGGGGUUCACGCUUCCUGUUGCCAAGGGGACCGUUCCGGCCAGCGUCGGGGGCGCCGCACAACCCGCACAACCCGUCACCGGUAAGAUGUUGCCUGUGCCUAGGGGAAGUCCGACACCUGUCAACAGGCCUCUUAGCAAGACGACUGCACCGGCCGUCGCUGGCAAGAAGUCGUCCCCAGUCCACAAGGGCCCUACACCGGCCUCUAUCAAGGGGCCUAUACCGGCGGCGGGUAGGCCCACGGCACCAGCCCCAGGCAAGGGGACAACACCAACCGCAGGCAAGGGCUCGAUACCGAUCGCUGGCAAGGGAACAACACCGACCACUGGCAAGGCCAAUGCGCCAGCCGUGGGCAAGGGGGUUACACCGACCGCUGGCAAGGCUUCGAUACCCAUCACUGGCAGAGACAUCGCACCCGCCGCUGGCAAGAACAAUCCGACCAUUGGCACGAAUAUCGCGCCAGCCGCCGGGAAGGAGACGAUAUCAGCUGCUGACAAGGGCACCACACUCGCCGCCGGGAAGGGAACGAUAGCAUCUGCUGGUAAGGGCACCACACUCGCUGCUGGUAAGGGGACGACACCGACCGCUGGCAAGGACACUGCGCCGGCCGGGGGUAAAAGAACAACGCCAGCCGCGGGCAAGGGCACUGAGCCACCCGUCACUGAUAAGAAUUCGUCUGGCAGUUCUAUUAAGAAGUUCUGGCCUUUCGGAAAAAGUACAACGCCAGCCGCCGCUGGCAAAGAUACGGCGCAGCUCACUGCCGGUAAGGAAACGACGCCAGCCGCUGCCGGGAAGGGGGCCGAACUACCCGUCGCCAGUAAGGAUAUCUCGCCGCCGGCCGGCGGUAAAGGGUCCAUACCUCCUGUCACCGGUAAGAUAACCACGCAGCCCGUUGCCGGUAAGGGGCCUGCGCAGCCGGUCACCAGCAAGGGAACAGGGCAGCCCGUUGCAAGUAAGGGAAUCUCGCCCCCGGCUGGCGUCAAAGGGACCAUCCAACCAGUCGCCGGUCAGGGCCCUGCCCAGUCCGUUGGUAGAGACGGGACCGCACAACCAGUUGCCGGCAAGGGAAUCUCGCCGCCGACCGCUGGCAAAGGGCCCGCGCAGCCUAUCGCCGGGAAAGGUGUUGCACAGCCGGUUGCCGGUAAGGGGACCACGCAGCCCAUCACCAGCAAGGGGACUUCGCAGCCCGUCGCCGGCAACAGAGCCACGCCCCCCGCUGCCAGUAAAGGAAUCUUGCCGCCUGCCGCGGGUAAAGGAACCACGCACCCUAUCGCCGUUAAGGGAACCACGCCCCCUGUUGCCGUUAAGGGGCCUGUGCAACCCGUCGCCGGCAAGGGCAAGGGAACCGCAGCUCCUGUCGCCGGCAAGGGCCACUCGCUGCCAGCCGCCGCAGGCAAGGGACACGCAGCUCCUGUCGCCGGCAAGGGAUCCAUGCCGCCUGCUGCCGGUAAGGGGACCAUCCAGCCCCCGGGCAGAGCUACACCUCCCGUCGCCAACGGAAAAGGACCUUCUGUCCACAGUGGAAAACCGUCGGAAGCCAGCAAGAAGGGUGCGGUACCGCCCGUCGGUAAGAAGGCCGCGCCGCCUGUCGGCAACAAGGCUGCACCGCUCGUUGGUAACAAGACUGCACUUCCCGUCGCCAACAAGCCCGCACCGCCCAUGGGCAACAACAAGCCUGCACCGCCCAUGGGUACCAAGCCUGCAGCACCCGCGGCGAACAAGCCUGGUCCAGCCGCCGGAAACACCAGUGCAAAGCCCGCCAAGCCUGGCCCCAACGCGGGCGGUAAGGCGAAGAAAUAG